AUGAUGUUUGGGUAUUUAGGUAUUUGUGCAGAGAAGCUUUGUCUAUUUUGCGCAAGAGUACGAGCAUUCAUUCCACCGUUUUUGUCUUCUCUCUUUUCUUGGAACUCCAAUGGCCAAAAAUACCUAACCCACCUUCAGAAGCUUGACCAGAUUGAUCAACCAAGAUGGGAGGGCUUACCUCUGGACUGUUUGGUGAAUGUGUUUGGAAGAGUUGGUAUGAGGUCGUUGCUCUUAAAUGUUCCUUUUGUGUGCAAGACAUGGCACAGGGCGAGCCUCGACCCUUCAUGCUGGCAACGUCUCAUUUUUAUUGACACUGAAACUGAGAUGGACCUUGAAACUCGUCAAUUUUGGUGUUGUGAUAAUGAAAUUGAAGCUGAUAUUGACAUUGAAUUGAUCGUCGCUGUUUUGAGGCAUUGA